CAUCGUUGCCGCUGCUGCCGCUGCUCCUGCUGCUGCUGAGGCUGCAGGCGGAGGCCGGAGGACCGGGCGGCGGCGGCGGCGGCGGCAGCGGCGGCGGCGGGAGCAGGAGGGCAGCGGGACGACCGAGAUAGAGCGGGCGAGCUGAGAGCCGAGCGCCAGGAGCCAGAGCCGCCCGGGCCCCGCCGCCGCCGCUGCCGCCGCUGCACAAAGCCGCGAGCCCGCGCCGGAGCCAUGUCUGCGUCUGCCGGCGGUGGCCACCAGCCUAGCCAGAGCCGCGCCAUCCCCACACGCACCGUGGCUAUCAGCGACGCAGCGCAGCUACCUCAGGACUACUGCACCACGCCCGGGGGGACGCUGUUCUCCACAACACCGGGAGGAACACGAAUCAUUUAUGACCGAAAGUUUCUGUUGGACCGUCGCAAUUCUCCCAUGGCGCAGACCCCACCUUGCCAUCUGCCUAAUAUCCCUGGAGUCACCAGUCCUGGCGCCUUAAUCGAAGACUCCAAAGUAGAAGUGAACAACUUGAACAACCUGAACAAUCAUGACAGGAAGCACGCAGUUGGGGAUGAGGCUCAGUUUGAGAUGGAUAUCUGACCCUGCUGCAGUGUGGAAGGAGGCCGUGUGCACCUGACUGGACCAGUAGGAACACGGUGUACAGAGAAGCUCCAGUCCCCUGCCCCCUCUGGGUGCCAAAUACUGGGAGAUGUGCUCCGUCUGACCACAUCUUCCCGUCUCCUGUCCUCUGCCCAGUUAAGGUUAGCUUGAUGAAUAAGCCCAUGGAUUAAUUAUUCUGUGGAGCUGACUGGUCCGCAGAGGAAAGCAGUCCCUGGAGCUCCUGGUCAUUUCCCAAGAAUCUUCCUGCCCUAUUGAGACUUGCUCCAAGUCUAGGACGGUCUCCAAACAGCACCUCUGCUUUCGGGGUUGGGGGUGAAGGAUCUUUAGUGUCCAUUGCUGUUCCUGGGCUCUCUCUGUCCUUCCCUGCAGCCUACUGCUGCUGCAGUGCUGGCUGUGGGGGAAUGCUUGUCCUCAGCACUGGAGCACAACUCCUGUACCACCUGCACCUCUAGCUGCAUACCUGGGACAUGUGACACCAGCCUCCCUUUUCUCUGGGAGGAAGGCUUCUGUCUUGUCUUGGCUGUAAUAGCUUACCCUCCGCCCCCAUUCCUUUACCUAAUUCAUUGGCACGGGUAUUUUUUUAAGCCCUCCUGAAGGGACCCCUUGGUGACCAGCUGGUCUUUGCCUGUCUGACAUUCUUUCUUACGUGCAUCCUGUAGGCAGAGUCCUCUCUGCCCUGACACACCCCGUGACUUUUGUCUGCUCCCAGAGCAGAAGUGCCAACGCUUUGGCCUCUACUGGUGGGUACAGCCUGGUCACAGUGUCCGACUGAGAAUCUAUCAGUGGCCUCUGAAGAGAACUGAGCCAUGGUGCAGCCAGCCUCGGUGGUCAUGGUUUUAAAACCUGACCUUAGUAGGUUUGGUGUCCUGCAGGUUACUAUACCUUGAGUUUGGAGUUGACUUCCCCAUACAUCUCUCCCCUGCUGUGGGUCUGCUUUGUGCUUGGCUGCCGAGAGAGACUCAUGGGCUGAGACAGUGCAUUCCUCUAGGUCCGCCCUUCCCAUAGUCCGUCUGUCCUUCUCUCCUCGAUCUCUUUCCUUCUGGUUCUCCUACCGGGCCAUUUUCCAAAUCUACAUCAGAGAUGCCUCCCAUGUUGGUAUCUGAUAAUAUCUGUCUCUCCUUAUCAGAAGAGAGACCUUUUAUUUUUAAGAUGACUACAGACCUAUUUUUAGAUAAGUUUUCAGUACAAUUUUGAACUGCGACUUUUUUAACAAAACAUCUUCCAGUAUUGGGAAGGUUAUUUAAAAAAAAAACAAAAAAAACAAAAAAAACCCCCAAUGUUUGUAGGCAAAUCUGCUACUGUCACCGUCCUUUGUCUCCCAUAGCUCCUUCUGAGCGCCUUCCUGUGCCCUCCAGUUUUGGGGGCUAUCUGGAGUAUAGAAUGGGUGUUUUGUGGAACUGGACCGGUCUGCCUUGCCAUGAGCUGUUGAAGAAAACUCCUCUUCCCUCCCCUCUCUUCCUUCUUUCUCGAUCCUCUCCCCUGACCCCCACCCCCCACCCCCAAUCCCACUCUCCUGGUACUGUGUGUCCUCAUGGAGAUCCCAGGAGAGAGGCUUCCAACAGAUAGGCUCAUCCAUUCCUUCUCCUCCUAAAGGAAGACAGUAAAGCAGGGGUGCCCUGGGAGCUUCUGGUUGUAUUGGACGCCUAUACUAAGCCCUCUUAGUAAGAUUUCAGGUCCCCAUUGGCUGGGAAAGAAAGCUGGUUUUGUUUUGAACCGUGGAAAGACCCUCUUUUGUGAAGACUUUAGUUAGGACAAAGAAAGAAAGGACAUCUUCAGACCUUGGUUCUGGUUUCUGCUACACAAUGUGAAUAGCUCAGAGUGCAACCCUCUGUGACGGUCGCUGUCUCAGGAAUAAGCUGGGGGUCUCCAAUGCUUGGGGAUUCUUGGAGUCUCUAAGGUGAUAAUCACAAGAGUUUUAUUUCUCUGUAAAAUGUAUCUGUUGUGUUUUUAAUUAAAUUCCAAAUUUCAUUUCCUAUGGAGUCUUGGAGAAACUUAAGCUGUGCUAUCUAUCAUUGGGCUAAGAAGCUUGUUCAGGACCUCACUCGUACCUGGGAGCUUGAUUCUUCGGGAGCAAGGCUCAUGAGUCUUCACACACUGGCGGUGCCUCCUGUGGACUCUGAAUUCUGCUGAUGUGAGGAGCUUGUGAGAGAAGAGUGUCUGCUUCUCACUGAACGGCUAUCUGCAGCAGAGCGGCCUCCGCCUGGACCACAGCUGGGAAUGGAUCUGAGACGUGGGCGCACAGCAAGGAACUGUUUCCCUUUUCUUGCCAUCUUGGGGAGUCUGCAUGUGCACCUCCUCUUGCCUCAAUCAGUGGACAUUUUUUUUGGAGUGUCACUGCAUGGUGCAGGAGCCUUCCAGCCUUGGGUCUCUCUCUAUCAGGACCCUCACUUCCAGGUCCGAGCCUUGUCCAAAAGCCGCCACUACCCGUUCUUUGACCUCCAUAAGUCAGCAGUGUAAGAUAAUUGCACAAGACAAGAACUAAGCUUCCAAUGAUGGUGUCUUUAUACACUAGCCGUUCUCUAGUAAGCAGAGUCCAUUGGGGGUUCACCUCUGGGAGCAUACAGAGCCUCACAGCUGGAGCCUUACGCCUCCCACCCCCACCCCCUGUGAGUGAGACUGGUGUUGACAUCUUAGUGACAGUCUGUGCCCUUUCUCUGUUGUGGGGACAGCAGCCUCCAUGAGGAAGAGCCUCCCUCCAGCGUCCAGCAGUGCUCUCCCUUGUGAGCUCCUGACCCUCCUGUUCUGCUGAAGUAGGUACUGCCUUCUCUGGGGCAAAGGAGUAGAAAAGCUGGCAGGGUUCUGUCCUGCUUUUAUGGCUUAUCUGUUGCUGUGUAGAAAGUUACCUGCAAUGGUAAGGGUUUUUCUCGGGUGGGGUCAGGAGCUGCUGAGCAUGGAGACUUUAGCAUAGGCUCUAGGGAAGACACAGGUAGGUUGUGAGCAGGGGCUACUCUUGUCUGGAGCUAGAGAAUUCCACUUUUUUGUGGCCAUCGGAAUCCCUUUAUUGGUCAUCCCCCCGCCCCCCAUGGGUCUCUGGGGUAGAUACUGUGUGGGAACACCCUGCUUCCUCCUGAAUGGUUGAUCCCAGAGAAGGAGGUAGAAGAGGAAAGUUGCAGUGCCUUUAAUCGCCACGCCCUAAAAGGAGGAAAACAGGAGAUGAGGGAGGUGGAGGCAGUCACAGCCAGAAGCUAGUGCUCAUUGCUAUCAGAGCAGCCCUCUAGCUGGGACCAAGCAGGAUAGAAGACAGACUUCUACCUGCUUGUUUUAGGGAGAGGUGACAGGAAGUGAAGAUUCCCAGAUCUGCAUCCUCAACUGCCAUCUUCUCAAGAAUGCUUGCUUUGCAAGUCUCUGAGGCAUUCUCUUUAAGCAUUGCUUAUCACUUCCUUUUCCCUUUAGCAGAGAAUUGACUAAAGGAGUUGUGGGCAUUUCUGUGGCGCUACACAAGCCUUCUUAGGGGAGCAGCCUUGUCAGGCAGGUAACAAGAUGUUAGAUAUUAGGCUCCUGAGCUGCAGAACAAGCAGCAGUUCCCUUUCCCUUCUGGUGAUGGUAUCAAAGCCAGGUGCCACGUGAGUUGGUGCAUUGGCCAAGGUCUCCCGCCCAGAAGCAGCUUCUCUCUCUCUCCAUAAGCCAGGAACAUCUGAGAGUGCACAUGACUGGCCUGGCAUGCAGCAUGCAGAGUAGCGUAUUGCCUCCUGGGUGCCUUGUUGGAAGUGUGCUCUUAAGAGAACCUGUAAGAGAAGCUUGAGGUAGCUCACCAGUGCCUAGCACCUCACAGGACAUCUGCUGCCCCCUAGCCGGUCUCGCCAUCCUUAGGUGGAAGCUCUUGGAUUGGUGCACAGUCCUUCAGUAGCGGUUUCUUUCCUGUAGCCAUACUUGCUUUAGCGUGCGUUUGGGGUACUAGUGGAUCGUGGGUUUCUUUCUGAUCUGACGAGGGGCAGGAGAUGGUUUGGGUACUGUCUCCUUGGGCUUCUCAGACUUUCAUGGUUCAGUUGGGUUCCACUGAAAGUCCAGCCAGCCAGCUCGUGUACAAGGCUCUGGUGUUGGCAGCCAUGUAUCAGGGAAAGAACCUUCCCAUCUCCAUCUUGAGCGCUGGCUGCUUGAGGGAGUUGGGCCAUAACCCUUCCCCUCCCCCUAGAAGGAAGGCACCGCUGUCUUCAUGUAGUUCAAGUUCUUUGGUGUGUUUUCUGGACUCUGUGCCCACGGCAGCUAUUUAUUAAUCUGCGAAACUCAAUCACUUCCUUGUCACAGGAAGGUGGGACCUUUCCUGUAGUGGGGGAAACACCAUUUCUUGGGGAAGAAGGUUCUGUCUGAACUUGGAGUAGGGCAUGGUUACCCCCAGCUCCUAGCCUCUCAGCUUUUAGUAAUGGGAAUUGGGGUUCCUGCAGUUGAUUCGGUCCUUCAGUGCUUAGCAGUGUUUCCUGCUCUGGUAAUGGGUUUCGACGUGUGGCUUUUUGGGUCUAGCUCACAGAAACGUGACUGAAGACUAUAAGGAUGACAAUGACAGGUCCUCAUUUUUCAGUUGAUAAAUCAAGAUACCUUCCCCACCCUCUGAAACUAGCUUUCCUUUAGGCAGGUUUAGGAACUUGGUACCUGUUGGCAGUCUUCAGGUGGUCCGCAGUUUCCCCCUGCUUGCUCAGCUCUUCUUGUAGCCCUGGUGGCUAUACUGCGUGCCCAGUAGAAAAAGUCGACAGCGCUGGGAAAUACUAAUGGAUGCAGACUUCUGUUCACGUUGUGAGGUGGGAGGGUGGCAGCGAGAGGCUGAGUGCCUGGUAGACACAUGGUUGUGCUGCUGUUUCCGCAGGGAGCCCCUGCCAGGGCUUCAGACCCAGACUCCAUGAAUCCAGCACAGAAUGCCCACUGUUGCUUCUAUGUCCCACCCUUCCUCCAUUUUAGUCUUUCGAAAACUGCCCAGCCCUGACCUUGGUGUUAUGAUUGGAGAGUGGGACAGUGGGGACACCAGCAGGAGGCAUGGGGAUCACACAGGCUCACAUCAAUGCCUUUGCCCCACUUAAUGGCUGCAGGCCAUCUCCAGUAAUUCUUAAGGUGACUUGAAGAGCCUCCCAGGACACCAAUUCCCUGUUGUCCAUCUUAAGCAUCUUUGUGUUUUCUGAUUACCCUUCCUCGGCUCACUGCUGCAGCCCCAGCCGUGUGGGAUGGGGUUUCAGAGGCUGCCAGCGCUUUCCUUGGCCUCCCCUUUGUUCCUCUGAUGUGCUGUCCCCCCACCUCCUGUCAGUCACUGUCAGCAAUGCCAUCCUAAGACCGUGUGUGAUUCUAUGACCAGUUUGUUUUCACUGUCCUGCCAAACAAGCAGGCAUUUGGAACUAGGAAAAAAUCCUCACCAACGGUUGCUGUUACAGUUUAAUAAAGACCUUGAAUACUGA